UAGCAGUUGUACAUAUAAAGGGACACCAGCGAGGUACAAGUUAUCAAGUUAGGGGAAAUAAUGCAGCUGAUACAGAAGCAAAAUGAGUGGCAGGCAAUUAUAAUACGAUUUUGACGAUACAACAAGUAUCUGUUAGUAAAAAUUUGAGCUUUGAGUCUGCAGAAAAGGAAAAACUAGAACAAAUGGGAGCUAAGGAACAAGAGGGUAAAUACAUAUUGCCAGAUGGGAGGGAAGUCUUGCCAAAAGGCAUAGCACUCGAAAUAUUUUCAAAAAUACACAGCAAAACACACUGGGGAACCCAGGCAUUAGUUGAUCAUUUCAAUCAACAGUUUGCCUGUAUAGGCGUAUAUAACAUAGCAAAGACAGUCACGGCAGCCUGCGAGACCUGUCAAAAGGUUAAUCGAAACAACAUGAGACAAAAACCUCUUGGAGGACGUUCCCCAGCAUACAGACCUUUCUCACACAUACAAGUGGAUUUUACUGAACUACCUAGGGUAGGGCGUUAUAAAUAUUUAUUAGUAAUGGUGGAUCAUUUAACACAUUAUGUUGAGGCUUUUCCUACCUCCAGGGCAACUGCUAACCAAGUUACUAAAGUGUUACUUGAACACAUUAUACCUCGAUAUGGAGUGCCUGAAGUAAUCGACUCGGACAGAGGAACACACUUUGUGUCAAAAAUUGUUAGAGAUCUAACCGAAAGCUUGGGUAUUAAGUGGGAAUACUAUACACCAUGGCAUCCACAAAGUUCGGGAAAAGUUGAAAGGAUGAAUGGAGAAAUCAAAACUAUUCUGACUAAAUUAAUGAUAGAAACCAAAUUGUCAUGGAUUAAGUGCAUACCCAUGGCACUAUUAAUUCUCAGAACCAGACCCCGAGCGGAUGUGGGAAUAUCAGCGUUUGAAAUGGUGUAUGGAAUGUCCUAUAGAAUUGAAAAUCCACAAACAAAUGUUUUAAUUCGAGACCAUGUGAUUAAUGAAUAUGUUUCACAAUUAGCAGAACAUCGUAAUAAGCUUUGGGAACACAGACUGAUUGUGCAACGACCCCCGUUGGACUUAAAAAUUCACAAUGUUAAACCUGGGGAUUGGAUAUUGGUUAAAGUAUGGAAGGAAGAAACCCUAAAACCCAAUUGGGAGGGACCUUAUCUUGUUUUACUAACAACAGAAACAGCUGUCCGGACUGCUGAGCGUGGAUGGACUCAUGCCAGUCGCAUUAAAGGCCCCGUGACGAAACCUCAAUGGAAAGUAAUUAGUACUCCAGGUGAUACCAAGAUAACCCUGAAGAGAUAAUGUUAAAGCUGCAAAGUGGGAAGCCUAUAUAAACAGGCAGAAAGCCCGAAACAGCUGUUCUCCUGAAGAAUUCCCUUGCUGCUGAGAAGAUGGUACACCCCGUGACUCGAAGCAACCGAGUCGACGGGCGAGGCAGAGGAGGAACAAACCGUGGAGAAGAGAAUCAGAACAAUGGGACGCAAAAGCAGCAAUGGUCUAACUUCCCCAGGACUGGUAAAAAUAUACUUAAAUUGGCAAAAGUGACAAACACCCUUUUUCCUGGUAUACCGUUAGUCUUGUUACUGAUAAUAGCCCAGGCAAAAGGAGGAAACCCUCAUGAACCUAUGAAUUGGACAAUAACAAACAUACAACAUCCAAAUAAUCCAAUUCAAGCACGGGCUACACCGGGUACAUUUAGUUUUAAUGUGAGUUUGCGCGAUCUAAUUACUGGACACCGUAAAGACAAAGCUGAUCUGUGCAAACCAAUCUACAUAUGUCCCGCGUCCAAUCCUGGAAGAAGUUAUUGUAACCUUCCAGGUCACUAUUACUGUGGCUAUUGGGGAUGCGAAACAUGGGCCUCUGAGUGGUCCACAUCUGGAGACGAAUAUCUAGAAAUAAAGUGGUCACCAGAAAAGUGUAAGAGACCUCACAUAGGAAGCGAUGGACGUGUAUUCGGACACUGUAACAAUGACGGAUAUUGUAAAAGUAUUAACAUAACAAUUAAAACCCCAGACAACGAUCAAUGGUUAGCAGGAAAAUAUUGGGGAAUUAGAUAUUGGGAACCGGGUGGAGACAGAGGAGGAAUCUUUCAAAUAAUGAAAAGACCGAUGCCUCACGAUCCCUUACCAGUAGGACCAAACUCAGUCCUAAAUUCACCCAUUUUUCCUAAGAAAAGGAUGGUUCCCACAAGUGUCACAACCAUUCGUCCAAACAUUUUAUCAGUAACAGAUAGAACAACUAAAGACAUGGUGACUGAGUACUCUUUAGUUAGGGAUUCAGGAGUGUCAGAAUCUAAAGACCCCUUAUGGGAUUUAAUGCGAGCCUCUUAUCGUACCCUUAAUGAAAGUAAACCAAAUUUAACUAAGGAAUGCUGGUUAUGUUACAGUAUUAGACCACCAUAUUUUGAGGCAAUCGGAAUACCAGAUAGGAUUCAAUGGUCUAGUGGUUCAAACCCACAAGAAUGCCAAUGGGAUGACCAGAGGAACCAUACACAAGGAAUUACUAUUCAAUUAGUAACAGGUCAAGGAAAAUGUAUAGGUACAGUUCCCAAAAGGUAUCAGCCCUUGUGCAACCAAACAAUCACUAACACCAAUAUAAAAAGACACAAGGAUCAAAAUGACAAAUGGGCUAUCCCGACACCAGGAGCUAAGUGGGUUUGUUCAGACAUCGGAGUAACGCCUUGCCUAUCCUUAAACGUGUUUAGUCAAUCUCAGUUUUGCAUACAGGUGAUUAUUGUUCCUCGUCUGAUCUAUCACACCUCUGAGGAGGUGUUACGCCACUUUGAAGGAGAUCUGAAUAGACAAAAACGAGAGCCAAUUACAGUGGUAACCCUAGCUACUCUGCUGAUAGCGGGCGGAGUUGGAGCAGGUACAGGCAUAGCCUCCCUAGUAAAAGGUCAGGAAUUACAAAGUUUACAGAUGGCUGUAGAUGAGGAGUUAGCAAAAAUAGAACGAUCUAUACAAAAUUUAGCCACUUCAGUAAAGUCUUUAUCAGAGGUAGUGCUGCAAAAUAGAAGAGGAUUAGACCUAUUGUUCUUAAAGGAAGGAGGGUUAUGUGUAGCUCUAAAUGAAGAAUGCUGUUCUUUUGCUGACCAUACGGGAAUAGUCCAGGACACCAUGUCUGAACUCCGGAAAAGGUUAGAUCAACGUAAAAAAGAUCGUGAGACGGGCAGAUCGUGGUAUGAAAACUGGUUUAAUGUUUCACCUUGGCUAACUACUUUGUUAUCUGCUUUAGCAGGACCGCUUAUUAUAUUGAUUCUGGGACAUAUAUUUGGACCUUGUAUAAUACGCUAUAUUUUACACUUUAUUAGAGAACGGUUCGACAUAGCUAAAUUACUUAUUUUAAGGUCUGAGGUAAAAUAUAAAAGUGUAUCUAUUAAUGAAGACAUAGAUGAUGAAGAUUGUUGUGAAUGCGUUAUACCACGUAAGAAUUAUGAUUGUAAUUGUGAGAUAUUACCCUGUGAAUGUUGUGAUAAAUGCUGGAAUUGUGGAAGAA